AUGCCGCCCUUGCGCGCCUUGAUUCCCAUCCUGACCGCGUGCUGGGUCCCUGUUUUUGUCGGCUCUCUCGAUUCAACGAUCGUCGCCACACUACUCACUUCCAUCUCGAGCAGCUUCAAGUCGAGCGAGCAGUCCGCCUGGCUUGGCUCCGCCUUCCUCGUCUCCGUUGCAUGCUUCACACCCAUCUACGGGAGGCUGUGCGACGUGAUCGGCAGGAGAUACACCAUGCUCAUCGCUCUCGGCCUCUUCACACUCGGAACGACGCUCUGCGGGACCGCGACUAGCAUGAACAUGCUCAUCGCUGCGCGUGCCAUCGCUGGCAUGGGCGCCGGUGGCGUCACCACCACCUCGUCCGUUGUUAUGUCUGACUUGGUUCCGAUCAAGACAAGGGGCCUGCUACAAGGGUUGACGAAUAUAAUUUUUGGAAUUGGGGGUGGCCUGGGCGGACCGGUGGGGGGCUGGCUGAACGACACGCUCGGUUGGAAGCCCGCGUUCCUCAUCCAGCUUCCUGUCCUUGCCAUAGCAUUUAUCCUGAUCCUUAUCUACUUUGAAAACAAGCCGCGAGCUGUUCGGGUAGGUGGACACCACGCGAACGAAUCGAAAUGGACGCAGUUGAAGCGCAUCGACGCACUCGGCUCGCUCACGCUCCUCAUCGGCGUUUCGGCACCGCUGAUCGCACUCAGUCUCAUCUCAGCCAACGACCGACCCGUGACGGACGGCACGGUUCUUGGAGGAUUGAUCCUGGGGCCGAUCUUCGUCGGCCUCUUCGUCUUUGUCGAAGCCCGCGUCGCGGUUAAGCCGAUCAUGCCUCUGUAUCUUCUCCAACAGCGCACCGGCCUCAGCCACGCGCUCGCCAAUUUUUUCCUCAGUUUCGCCUCCUUUGCCAGCUUGUACAAUGUUCCGCUCUACUUCCAAGCCGUCCGCCUCGAAAGCGCCAGUGACGCGGGCCUGCACCUGCUCCCGUACUCGAUUGCGCUCUCUGUCUCGUCCGUCACAGCCGGCGCGUACAUGCGCAAGUACGGUCGCUUCUACAGCUACACAAUCGUCUCGAGCUGCUUGAUGAUCGUCACUCCAGUCAUGUUCUGCAUUGUCGUAGGACGGGAAGACGUCUGGCCUGACUGGGCCUUCUACCCGAUGUUCCUUCCAGCAGGCUGGGGUGGAGCGGCUGUAUUGACGACUACGCUGAUUGCCCUAAUCAAUUCAGUCUCGCGCGCCGACAUUGCCGUGGCGACGUCCAUGUCGUACCUCUUCCGCAACACGGGUCAGAUCCUUGGCGUCUCGCUCUCGGGUCUGCUGCUGCAAUCGCUGCUGAAGCGGCAGCUGCAGCAGACGCUCGGGCAUCUGCCCCAUGCAGCCGAGCUGAUCAGCCAGAUCCGGCACGAGACGAGCGUGAUCAAGACGCUGCCGAGCGAUAUUCGAGCCGAGGCGGUACGAGCAUACGCCAGUGCGCUGCGAUGGGUCUUCGUGUUAUACCUCGCCGCGACCGUCGCAAUGUGCGCCGCCAAUCUGAUACUGGAACGCAAGGUCCUUCUGGGCUUUGUGGAAAGCGACAAGAAGGACAGCAACGUGGAGAUAGGUGCGCAGAGUACAUCCCGGAAAGCGGCGAUUGGCAGGACAGAAUAG